AGCUAAGAUUUAUAGGGAACUAGGGACGGGAUAUUACAUCAGUUUUCCCGUCAUCUCAAAAACCAAACAAACUUCGAUUAAGACAACGACAAUCCCAUCGUUUAAUACCCCCAUCUUUCUUCCAUAAUUCUAUCGUAUUCCUAUCUUCAUCACUGUUAAAGGCAUCAUCUCAAUUUCCUCGGAAUUCCAGAAACGAUUGAUACUUUACUUUGGAGAUUGAAGACAAAUGGGUAGUGCAUCUUCUACUCUAACUCAAUAUGAUAUUGAAGACGUUCAAGAACACUGUAAUCAUCUAUUUUCCCAGCAAGAGAUAGUUUCUUUGUAUCAGAGAUUUUGCCAACUUGAUCGCACUGCCAAGGGUUUUAUUUCUGCCGAUGAGUUUUUAUCAGUACCAGAGUUUGCAGUGAAUCCUCUGUCUCAGAGAUUGCUUAAGAUGGUGGAUGGUUUGAACUUUAAGGACUUUGUGAUAUUCUUGUCAGCUUUUAAUCCUAAAGCAAGCAUGCUUCAGAAGAUUGAACUUAUAUUCAAAGUAUACGACUCAGAUUAUAAUGGUAAGGUGACUUUCAAUGACAUAAUGGAGGUUUUGCGGGAUUUGAGUGGCUCUUUCAUGUCAGAUAAGCAAAGAGAGGAAGUUUUGAUCAAAGUCAUGCAGGAAGCUGGCUACAGUAAAGAUUCUUCUCUGCUGGUGGAUGACUUUGUUAAGAUUCUUGACCAUCCUGGAUUGAAGAUGGAGGUUGAGGUCCCGGUUGACUAGGCUGAAUUUGAAAACAGCAAAAUGACCAUUUUGACAUCCUAUUUAUGCAAGAACACGCACCUCAACAACUGUUUUCAGUGGCACAAAAAUAGUGACAGUUGUGAAUAAGGAAAGCUAUGUGCAUAAAUAAUUUAUUGGGCAUUUGUAUAAUUUAUGAACCUUUAGGGGGUUUAUAUGUAAAUUGGUGAUAUAACUAAAUUGGAUGUUGUUAUGGUCUACCUAUAUUGAUCAUGUGAGUUUCUCUGUU